CUUAUCUUCUUGGUGUUUGUAAGAUUCUUCAAUGUACGUUUUCUGAAUCUUCUCUGCAAUGGCGUUCACAUUAAGCUUUGUCUGUGCCAGUUUUAUUGGAAUCUAAAUGUUGAUAAAAAGUUAAAACUGUUUUGGAAUUAUAUCAAAAUAUGGAAGAUGCGUCACUCUCGUUAUGGUUCUAUGGUGGUUGGCUGUUGAUGGAGAUAUAACAAAAAAAGACUAUAACACACUGUCAAGUUCAGAUUCUCUUCCUCACUGAACUUCUUUCAACUAAUCACAUGGCUGCAAAGCUUCUACAUACGUUGGCAGAUGAAAACUCGGAUCUGCAGAAGAAGAUUGGAUGUAUGAAUGGGAUUUUCCAACUCUUUGAUCGCCACCACCACGUUCGUAAAAGUCUUGCUUUAGGUAAUGCACAUGUCAAUAGUAUCAACUUUGAAAGAGACUCUGCGUUUCAGUUUCAGGACACCAACAUCAUUAAUGCUACGAGCGAGAAACUAACAGAAUCAUCAAGGGUUUCUUUCUCAUCCUCGUGUUCAUCAUCUUCACUGUUGUCAUCUGAGCUCAACAGAGAAGAAACUCAACCUGAAAUAUCACCCUAUGACCGUGUCAUUUUUCCAGAGUCUCCCACGAGUGAUCCAGUGAUGAGCCGAGGAAAAGGGUUUGCUUCACAUAUGGGACUUGAUCUUAGAGAUGUUGUUAGAGACUCUAUGUACAGAGAAGUCAGAGCGCUUUCUGAAGUUUGUAGACACAAGAGAAGAGAGGAGGAUUCUCCAAGACCUUAUGGUUUGAAGCACUCCACGCCUGUCGAUUUCAACGAAUCAUGCAAGGCUCUAGCCAAACUUAGGACAACAUCUCAGCGUUGUUACAACGAGGUUGACAUAAAAGAUGCAUCUCACAACAAGUUGAAAUCAGGGAAGAAGGUGAAAGAGUCUCCUAAGCUUUCUUUGGACAGUAGAGACCACGUUGAUCUCAAAGCUGGUGAUAGUAGGCUUAGUAGAAGCUCUAGCAUGAACAAACGGCCUCCUAGUGUUGUUGCAAAGCUAAUGGGUUUGGAAACGUUACCCGGUUCUCCAUUGGGCUCACCAAGAAGCUUGGGGAAGGGCAUAGCUUCUUCUUCUUCUUCUUCUUCUUCUUCUCCAAGAUGGAGAAGCUCCGAGUUUGUUAUGAAACCCGUGUCUAGUUUGAGGUUCCCCACUGAGCCAGCUCCAUGGAAGCAAACUGAUAGAAGAAGCCUUAUUAAGAAAAAGCAAGCCUGCAAGCCUGUGUUGCAGUCAAUGGAGAGAAGGUUGAAAGGUGUUGAGUCUAAUCAUCCCAAAAAGGAUCUCAGAGCUCUUAAUGAGAUAUUAGAGGCAAUGCAGACAAAAAGUGUGUUUGGUUCUAGAAAGCAGCCGCAAUGCUCAAACUCAAGAGGUCUACAGAAUCAGGUGAUGCCGCCAUCCACUAUGAGAGGACCUAUUGUGAUUAUAAAACCUGCUAGACUUGUUGAGAGAUCUGGUAUUCCUUCAUCGUCUCUGAUUCCUAUUCACAGUCUAUCUGGUCUUAAUAGAGAAGAAGAAGAAUCUGUGCAUGUUAACAGAAACUCAACUAGUAAGAAGGCGGCGAAAGAUUGUAGUAUCAGUUCUGGUGAUAGCAAAUCUAGUAGCAGAAACGUGCGGUCUUCUCAGGUUUACAAAGAAAGCACAAGUCCAAGACUGCGUCAUCAGGUGAAGAAGCAUGAGAAUGAAAAACGUUCUCGGCCACCAACCACUCCAUCUGAUGCAAACAAAUCAAGAAGACAAACAAACCGACAACCGGAAGGAUCUACUACUACUUCUCGUGGUGGUAGGCAUAGACACAGAGCUCAGAGGAGCGUGCAGCAAACUGAAGCCACUGUGAUAGUCAAACAAGCUACUCAAGAAGGUGAUGGAAAGAGUCAAACUGUAAUAAAGGCAGCCAAAACCGUAGUCUCUAACUUAAUGCAGACUGUGAGUGAUGAACAUUGCGAAGAGGAAGAGCAGUGGAAUCCAGCUUACAGCUUCUCAGAGACAACAACAGCAACAACCUUUUCACCAGAGACAAACCGAAAGAAGCUUCAGAACGUUGAGCACUUGGUUCAAAAGCUGAAAAGACUAAACUCUAGCCACGACGAAACCAGCCAAGACUACAUUGCAUCGCUAUGCGAGAACAAUGAUCCCAACACCGACAACAGAUACAUAUCCGAGAUUCUGCUAGCCUCGGGUCUUCUCCUCAGAGACUUAAGCUCAGAGUCAACGACGUUUCAGCUGCACCCUUCAGGCCACCCUAUCAACCCUGAGCUAUUCCUCGUUCUUGAACAAACCAAAGGAAGAAGCCGCAGCAGUAGCAGUAAUGAGAAGCUCAACCGCAAACUUGUGUUCGAUGGAGUUAACGAAACGCUCGUGGAGAAGUUACCUUUUAAAGAUCCAUGGAUGAAGAGGAAGGUGUUGAGCGCGCAACAGCUAUUGAAAGAAGUAUGUUCAGAGAUAGAAACAGUGAAAAAGCAAGCCGAGAAAAGAUCAGGUAACUUGUUGUUGUUGGAGGAUCAAGAAGAAGACUUCUUGAAAUGUAUAUUGGAUGAAGAUAUAGCUACUCCAUCUGAGAAAUGGACAGACUUUGAUGAUGUAGUACCUGGUUUAGUGCUUCACUUAGAGAGGCUUCUCUUCAAGGAUUUGGUGAAUGAGAUCGUGCAUGGUGAGAUUGGUCGGCUGCAACUAGUUACUGAUUCAUAAGCUCGUGUUUUUUAUCUCUGUAUUCUAAAUAUAUAAAUAAUACAAAGUCAAAUGUUAUGAAAACAUUACAACUUCUCAAUAUAAAAAAAGGCUAUUUACAACUUC